AUGGGUGCCGCACUCUCCAUUCCGUUCAUGGCGCUGCCCAGCGCCAGCACCCUUCUGUCCGUUGGGGCCUCCUGCUGCGGAGCGGCGACCUGCUCAGCAGUCUGCAGCGCCUGUGGAAAGUUUCAGAGCAGUAUGGCGACGCGAAUCGCCUAUGCUUUCAUCCUGCUCAUCAACUCCAUGAUCUCCUGGAUGAUGCUCACACCCUGGGCUCUCAAAAAGCUAGAGCAUAUGACCCUCGACUACAUGACCAUACGAUGUGACGGCAAAGAGUGUUAUGGCUGGGUAGCUGUCCAUCGGAUUAACUUUGGCCUUGGUCUCUUCCACCUCAUCCUCGCCCUAUUACUCCUCGGCGUGAGGACAUCCAAAGAUAGCAGGGCGGCCUUGCAGAAUGGGUUCUGGGGUCCGAAGAUCAUUUUCUGGAUCGGUUUCGUGGUCAUGUCAUUCUUCAUCCCGGAGGGUUUCUUCUUAGUCUACGGCCACUACAUUGCUUUCGUCUGCGCGAUGCUGUUCCUCCUGCUCGGCCUUAUCCUCCUCGUCGAUCUUGCGCAUUCCUGGGCGGAACUCUGCUUGGAGAAGAUCGAGGACAGCGAUUCGCGAUUUUGGCGUGGAUUGCUGAUUGGUUCGACCCUGGGCAUGUACAUCGCCUCGAUCGUCAUGACCGUGCUGAUGUACGUGUUCUUUGCGCAGAGUGGCUGCUCGAUGAACCAAGCUGUGGUAACCAUCAAUCUUAUUCUCUUCCUUAUUGUUUCCGUCGUAUCGAUUCAGCCUACGGUGCAGGAGUACAACCCUCGAGCUGGGUUGGCGCAAGCCGCCAUGGUCACAGUUUACUGCACGUAUCUUACCCUGUCGGCCGUCUCCAUGGAGCCCGAUGAUCGUCACUGCAACCCCCUCAUUCGUGCUCAAGGCACGAGGACAGCCUCCAUUGUUCUCGGUGCCAUUGUCACGAUGGCCACAAUCGCUUAUACGACCACACGUGCUGCUACCCAGGGCAUUGCCCUAGGCUCGAAAGCUGGGCACAACUAUUCCGCCCUGGGUACAGACGAGAACGAGCAUGGGCUUGUGACUCAGCAGCCUUCAAGCCGCCGAGAGAUGCGUGCCGAAGCUCUUCGUGCUGCUGUGGAGAGUGGCAGCUUGCCUGCCAGUGCGCUGGAUGAGAGCGACGACGAAGAUGACGCCUAUGACUCGAAGGAUGAUGAACGCAACUCGACCCAGUAUAACUACUCGCUCUUCCACGUCAUUUUCUUCUUGGCAACCACUUGGGUCGCAACCCUUCUAACGCAGAAUUUGGAUCCUGAAACCCAAGGCGAUUUUGCCCCGGUUGGCAGGACGUAUUGGGCCAGCUGGGUGAAGAUUAUCAGCGCCUGGAUCUGUUACGCUAUUUAUCUGUGGACCUUGAUUGCUCCCGUGCUAAUGCCUGAUCGGUUCGACUUCUAA